UCGGGUGGGUGUGGAGAAAGGCUGUCUCGGGAGGAAAGCGAUUUAACUUUGUUUUUGUUUUAUUUAUUCUUAAAUGUAUUCAUUCAUUUCCAAUACAGGCUGCCUUUGUCGUUUAUAAUUUAGUUAUUUUCAUGUUCCAGCCAAAAGAUGAGAAGGAGGAGGAGGACGAUGGUGAAAGACGUGAGCUCAGCCAGGCAGUGUCUAAUGAUGACGACAAGCUUCUCGCUGAGCUCCUGUCCCAGGAGAGGUACAGAAGAUUCAUCAACAGCAGGAGCGGCUGGGGUAUCCCGGGCACCCCUCUCCGCCUGGCCGCUUCUCGAGGUCACCUGAGAUGCCUGGAGGUUCUUCUGGCCCGUGACGCUGAGGUAGACAGUUUGGAUGUGAAGGCCCAGACUCCCUUGUUCACUGCUGUCAGUGGGAAGCAUCUAGACUGUGUUCACGCUCUCCUACAGGCAGGAGCUAACCCUAACGGCAGCAAGUACAACAAUUGCUCCCCAGUGCUAACCGCUGCAAGGGAAGGGAACGUGGACAUCUUGAGAGAACUGCUCCAGUUUGGUGCAGAGGUUAACGCUAGAUCAAAGGUUCCUGUCUGGGCUUCCCAUUCGUCCGUCUCCAGUGGACCUCUUUACCUCUCUGCAGCUUACGGACACUUGGAUUGCUUUAAGCUGCUGCUUCUCUACGGGGCGGAUCCGAAUUAUAACUGCACCGAUGAGAAGCUCCUUGCCAGGAUCAAACAGCCCAAGACAGUGUUGGAGAUGUCCCUGAGACACGGCUGUGGGGUGGAAUACAUCCAGCUCCUGAUUGACGUUGGAGCAAACGUCUUCCUUCCCACACUCAUCAUAGAGAAAACCACAAAGCAAAAUCAAGCCUUGGAGGUCUUGCUAAAGGAAAGAGCUUGUCCAAAAACCCUGAUGUCUCAGUGCCGGCUAGCAAUCCGAAGCUACUUGGCCAACAAAAUGCAUUCCAUUGACCAACUGGACAUCCCACCAAUCCUGAGGAAGUACUUAAACCACAUGACCUGAGUGGCGUGGAAUUCGCAGUGAUGUCACUGCCCCUUUUCUAUAGAUCAUGUGACUGAGAAAUGCUUUCCAGUAAAAACGUGUAUGUAAAAUGAAUGCAUUACUGUACAUCAAACCAGUCCAGUGUAAACAUCUUUAGAGCAAAUAUUCCAUAGCAGAGCAGUUUAAGACAGACAGACAGCAAGCUCCUGGAGGAAGAGGUAUUGGCGACCCCUCCCUGUGAGUUAUAUCUUAGCCAAUCAUUUUGAUUGUCUUUUUUAAGCUCUGGGAGAUUGUGUUUUAUUUAUUAAACUCUUGUUGGUAUUUUAAUAACACAGAUUUAAUACCCCUAUGUGUGUGGUAAAGUGAAUUAAUCCACAAUAUCGUAAUUCUAUGAUUUGUUUAAUGGUUUUUUUUUUUUUUUUUAAAUCUGUGAUAAUUAUUUCAACAUUUUAUAUUUGUUUUUUUUGUGUUUGGAGGGGCGGGGGUGAUAACUGUAUAGAAUUCAGAUUCAGAUGUGUUCGUUGAAUUUGGCAUGCUCUCCAACCAUGUAUUAUUAUUAUUAUUAUUUAUUUCUUAGCAGACGCCCUUAUCCAGGGCGACUUACAAUCGCAAGCAAAUACAAAUACAUUCA